AUGGAGGCUAUCAAGCAGACUUUCGCCCGCUGCAAGGCGCAAAACCGACCGGCGCUGGUUACAUAUGUGACUGCGGGAUACCCACGACCGGAGGAUACUCCUGGCAUCUUGCUGGCUAUGGAGAAGGGAGGAGCUGAUGUCCUUGAACUCGGAGCUCCUUUCACCGAUCCCAUUGCCGACGGACCGACUAUUCAGACCGCGAAUACGAUUGCUCUGAACAAUGGCGUCAGCAUCCAGUCUACCCUGGCCAUGGUCAAGGAGGCCAGGUCCCGCGGCUUGAAGGCCCCAGUCAUGCUCAUGGGAUACUACAACCCCCUUCUUAGCUACGGCGAGGAGCGUCUGCUGCAAGAUUGCCAGAGCUCUGGCGUCAAUGGCUUCAUUGUUGUUGACUUGCCCCCGGAAGAGGCGGUCUCAUUCCGUAAGCUCUGCUCCAAGGGCGGCCUUUCAUACGUCCCCUUGAUCGCCCCUGCAACCUCAGAUACCCGUAUGAGAAUUCUGUGCCAGCUCGCAGACUCGUUCAUCUACGUUGUCUCUAGACAGGGUGUUACCGGCGCCACUGGAAGCCUCAGCACAAACCUCCCCGACCUCCUCGGCCGCGUCAAGAAGUACAGCGGCAACAAGCCCGCUGCUGUUGGCUUUGGUGUCAGCACCCACGAGCACUUCCAGAGCGUUGCCGAAAUCGCCGACGGUGUCGUUGUCGGCAGCCAACUCAUCACCACGAUCCAGAAAGCCGCCUCUGGCCAAAUCGAUGCCGAUGUUGAAAACUAUUGUGCCUAUCUCUGCGGCCGUGAUUCUCGACCAGUGUUUACUGAGGAAAUUCCGUUGGUUCAAGAUGCACCCGACAACCAGGGUGCCCCCGCGGAUUCAGUAUCUGUCAGCGCAGUUAUCACGGAUAGCGACCGACUCACAGCGGAGCAGGACAGCGAUUUGGUAGCCCAGCUUGCAGCUCUCCACGGCAAAAUCCCUGAGCGAUUUGGAGAGUUUGGUGGCCAGUACGUUCCAGAGAGCUUGAUGGACUGCUUGUCCGAGCUCGAGGAGGGCUUCAACAAGAUCAAGGACGACCCUUCGUUCUGGGAGGAGUACCGAUCAUACUACGACUACAUGGGGCGACCAUCUCGCCUUCACUUGGCGGACCGUCUUACCGAACACUGCGGUGGUGCCAACAUCUGGCUCAAGCGAGAGGAUCUGAACCACACCGGCAGCCACAAGAUCAAUAACGCCCUGGGACAGCUGCUUCUGGCCAAGCGCCUUGGGAAGACCAAGAUCAUUGCCGAGACUGGAGCCGGCCAGCACGGUGUCGCCACUGCUACUGUGUGUGCCAAGUUUGGCAUGGAAUGCACAGUUUACAUGGGAGCUGAGGAUGUUCGUCGACAGGCCCUCAACGUCUUCAGAAUGAGACUGCUUGGCGCCAAGGUCGUGGCUGUGGAGGCCGGUAGCAAGACUCUCCGCGAUGCCGUCAACGAGGCUCUCCGCGCCUGGGUUGUUGACCUCGACACCACCCACUACAUCAUCGGAUCUGCCAUCGGACCUCACCCCUAUCCCACCAUUGUCAGGACAUUCCAGUCCGUCAUUGGUGAUGAGACCAAGAAGCAGAUGCAGCAGAUGCGCGGCAAGCUCCCCGACGCAGUUGUUGCUUGCGUUGGUGGAGGUAGCAACGCCGUCGGCAUGUUCUACCCCUUCGCCAACGACCCUUCAGUGAAACUUCUAGGUGUUGAGGCUGGCGGUGAUGGUGUCGACACGGAAAGGCACAGUGCUACCCUUAGCGGUGGAUCCAAGGGUGUUCUUCACGGAGUCCGAACAUACGUGCUCCAGGAUAAGAACGGCCAGAUCAUUGAGACACACUCCGUUUCCGCUGGACUUGACUACCCCGGUGUCGGACCCGAGCUGAGCUCUUGGAAGGACAGUGAGCGAGCCAAGUUCAUUGCCGCGACUGACGCCGAAGCCUUUAUGGGCUUCAGAAUGAUUAGCCAGAUGGAGGGUAUCAUUCCUGCUCUGGAGUCAGCUCACGGCAUUUAUGGAGCCAUUGAGUUGGCCAAGACGAUGAAAAAGGGCGAGGACUUGGUCAUCUGCCUAAGUGGCAGAGGAGACAAGGAUGUGCAGAGCGUGGCGGAGGAGUUGCCACGCCUCGGACCCAAGAUUGGUUGGGACCUUCGAUUUUAA